UUUAGAAAAACAACUUAACUAUAAAUUUAUAAAUAGUGAUCAUAAAAUUUUAUAAAUUUUACAACGCAUUUUUUGUGAGAGUUAAAAAAAAUAAAUACAUCAUUUUAUUGAACCGGAGAUCCAGUGAUUAUUUAACCAUUAAAAAUGAUACUUAAAUUGUUGUUGUCAUUAAUGACUAUCGGGUUUUUUAAAAAUUCGUCUUACUGCUCAACAAUUAAUGAGAUUACAUUACGGGAUAAUAGUAAUUUUAUUUCAAAAUUACCUGACACUAAAUUAAUUCGUAACUUAGCAUUAAUUGGAUCUUAUCAAUCAGCUUCCGUAAAACCUAUUAAAUAUCUGCGUACACAAAAUUUGACGAUAACAGAACAAUUGAAAGCAGGAUUACGUGUACUGGACAUCCAUUUACGGCUCGUUGAUGAAAAAUUUGAACUUUAUUAUGGACCUACAUAUUUAUCUUAUACAUUCGAUGAUAUAUUAUCAGAAAUUAAUGAGUUUAUUGUAAAAAACCCACGCGAAUUAAUAAUAAUGUUAAUGAAAAUUGAAUUUGAUCAUUUAUUGCCUGAGUUUGAAAAGUGUCAAGUGUUAGAAAAUUAUAUUGAAAUAUGGCAAGGACGUGGAUUGUCAUUAAUUGGAAAAUGGUCAUUAUUGGACGACUAUGUUGGAGAACACCGCGGCCAUGUUUUGCUGAGUCAUGUUGAUGGAAAAAAUUUUGACGACUGCACAACUUACUUACCCUGCGUUGUACAAAACAAUUGGGAUGUUACGGACGUAGAAAAAAAAUGGCGACUCAUUGAAGACAAUAAUGAAGAAAUGUUCAAUGGAUACUCGGUCAUUCAUUCCUGUUUUAUUAAUUAUUUAUUUGGUCUUAAUCCCUUGCUGUUUAUUAGUUCAUCAACUUCAUCAGAUGAUCCGUCUGAUUAUUUAGACGUAGGAUUAGAUAGAGUUGAAAUAAUUAACAACAGAAUGGCUAAUUAUUUUCGUAACCCAUAUUAUACUCUCGUUAUAAUUGUGACAGACUUUCCGAGUCAAAUGUUGAUUGAUAAAAUUAUUGAUAGUAACUUUAAUUAAUUAUGAUCCCAACUAUUCGGCGCCGUUGAACCAACGGCCAAUGAGAGAACUAAUAUAAUUAUUAUAAUCAUAGUUUAUAUAAAUAGUCAGGUAGAGGUGCUGUGAUUGUAAUACAACAGUUUAUAGAUUUGUAGUUGGUAGUUUAUUCUAAAAUAAAAUUAACGCUGAAGACGUGGAAUUUUAUUCAGUCUUAUUUAAGUUUGCCUAUUUUCGGCCUUGUGUUCACUACGGGAAGAAAUUUUAUUACUUUUUGGCUUGAAAAUUUUUACCCGGGUAUAGACAAUAUAAGAUAUUGCAUUGUAGCUUGUCAACAUUUUACUUCACCGAAAUAGCUUGUCAAUGUUUUUUUUUUUUGUUUUUUUUUCUCAAGAUAGACUUGUAAGUAUAAAACCAUUAAAACAGACAGUAAGGCAAAUUUUUUUAAAAAUUGCUCAAAGAAAUAUAAAUUCGUGCGAAAAUUUCUAGUGUCUGAAAUAAAUUUAGUUUUAUAGAAUGUAAUUGAGAUUAGAAAAAACUGAUUUUAUAAAAAAAAUUUCGUUUUUCAAAUUUCAAUAUAAAUAACAAUGGUUAUCAAAAUUUUGUUAUUUUUGUAUACAACGAUAAUAUUUUUAUACGAUUCACUAUACUGCAAAAUACUAAAUGAAACUACAUACACAGAUCACAGUAAAUUUAUCUCUAAACUAGACAUACGUCUGAGUCUUGUUGGUCAAGAAUUUGUAAUGGUUUAUGGUGAUGCAUUUUUAAUUUAUAUGUUUGAAAAUAUAUUACAAGAAAUAAAUGAAUUUAUGAGAAAAAAUUCCGGUGAAUUAAUAAUAUUGUUAAUGAAAAUAGACCAUUAUGGUGAUUAUUUACCAUCUAAUUCACAUUAUUGUGAGGUAUUAGAUAUUUAUAUUGAAGAAUGGAAGCAUAAAAAAUUAAUGUUGAUUAAAGACUGGUCAUUGUUGGAAGACUAUGUUGGUGAACACCGCGGUCAUGUUUUAUUGGGACACGAUGACGAUAAUUUCAGUAGAUGUACAACAUAUUUACCAUGCGAAGUACAAAAUAGUUGGGAUACUAAUUUAGAAAGAAAGUGGCAGCUCAUAAAAGAUAAUUAUGAUAAAAUGCUUAAUCCGUAUUACCCUUAUCAUUCAUGUUAUGUUAAUUAUUUAUGCUCCGACAAUCCUGUGUUCUUUAAAAAUGAUACAUUAACUCAUUAUAAUAACAGCGACAAUUUCGAAAAGAGGUUAAAAGCAACUGAAAAUAUUAAUCAGUUAAUGGCUAAUUAUUUUCGAAAUCCUAUUGUUACUUUGGUUAUGAUUAUGACUGACUUUCCAACUCAAGAAUUAAUUAAUAAUAUUAUUAAUAGUAAUUUCUACUAAUAUUUUUUAUUCAUCCUAAAAAAAAAAUUGUGUUUAGUCAUAUAAUUUAUAUUUAAAACUAUGAUUGAAAGUCAAUCAGUUUAAUCAGAGAGCGCUUAUAUGGCGCCCACAUUCUCCAAUUGGAACCAGUUUCGGGAAAAAUUAUUAGACGAGAUCUCGUGAUUUUAAAAAACUUUUUCAAAAUUUAAAAAACUUAAAAAAAUAACAUCCUUAUUCUAGUUCGGUAAUGUCUUUUUUUUUUAAGAUAAGAUAUAAAUGUAAUGAGUUUCGUAAUAAAUUUAUCACAUACAGUAAUAGGUUAAUUAAAAAAAAAAUUCCAUGUAAGUAAAAUAGUAAUAAA